UGUUCGCUUUGUUUUAACCUGAAGGGAAACGCCGGCAAUGGACAAGUUCGCACUGUUCAGGUUUCCUGAUGAGUCAUUAUCGGUAGAGUCCGUAAAGUUAAUUAAAUACUAUGACCCAGUCGUAAAGCAUAAUUCCAAAACGUGGCCGGAAUUCAGCGGUCCAACCCAGAAGAAUAACUGGGUGAAAGUCAACUGGCCCGACGGGGACAAAAAGACCGGGCGGGCGACGGGUACGUCCAAGUUGCUGGCCGCCCAGGUCGUGAAGUUCAGCCCAAUCCGCAGUGACCUGGAAUCUUUGUUGAAUGAGAUGCUGGCCGCCACAAAUGGGGAUGAUGCCUCAUCCAAAGUUGCCAAGAAGACCGGAAAGCGGAAAGGAAGUACCCUUGAGGACCGCGUACUACAGCGGCUGAGAUUGGAGUUUGUCAAGGAAGUCUCACGACCAGAUGGCGAGGGUCCUGCUUCUGCCAGUGGUGGCACGGAGGAUAGUGCCGAUGAAGGCGAGGCUGAGGCCAGGGCUGCCGCAGCUGAGGCAAGCUCAGCGAAAGCCGAGGCCAAGGCUGCCGAGGCAGAAAGGAGGGCAGCACAAGCCGAGGAAAGAGCGGCGCAGUUGGAGAAGAACCUCGAAGACCUCCAAGCCCAGCUAUAUGACAGCGAGGCACGAGCGGUGGCAGCGGAGGGCAAGGCACUGUUUGCAGUGAACACACUCUUCCCUUUGCUGGAAGGGCUUCCAGGCAUUGUGGAUAAAAUGCUAACUGGUGUGGCGGCUGGUGCAACAGCUGCCAACAAUGGACCAGCUGAGACUGUAAGUCUAGAUUGA